AUGGCGAUCCAAACCCGUUUUGCCUCGGGCACAUCUUUAUCGGAUUUGAAACCUAAACCAAGUGCCACUUCCAUCUCCAUACCCAUGCAGAACGUAAUGAACAAACCUGUCACCGAACAGGACUCACUUUUUCACAUAUGCUCAAACAUCCGGAGAAGGCUGGAAGUUCUGCCUCAACUCAAGCCCUUUUUGCAAUUGGCAUACCAAUCGAGCGAAGUCCUGAGUGAAAGACAGUCGCUUUUGCUAUCCCAGAAGCAGCAUCAGGAACUGCUCAAGUCCAAUGGUGCUAAUCGAGACAGUAAUGACAUGGCACCUACGUUACGCUCGAGUUCUAUUUCCACGGCCACCAGUCUCAUGUCAAUGGAAGGUAUAUCGUACACCAAUUCGAAUCCCUCGACGACUCCCAAUAUGGAGGACACUUUACUGACUUUUAGUAUGGGAAUUUUGCCCAUUACCAUGGACUGUGACCCUGUGACACAGUUAUCGCAGUUGUUUCAACAAGGUGCGCCGUUAUGUAUACUUUUUAACUCUGUCAAACCGCAGUUCAGACUGCCAGUAAUAGCUUCUGAUGAUUUGAAAGUGUGCAAAAAAUCUAUCUUCGAUUUCAUAUUGGGCUGUAAGAAACAUUUUGCAUUUAACGAUGAGGAACUCUUUACCAUAUCCGAUGUCUUUGCUAACUCCACUUCCCAACUAGUUAAAGUGGUGGAAGUAGUGGAAACGCUUAUGAACUCCAGCCCCACUAUUUUCCCCUCUAGGGACAAAAUACAACAAAUUAUGAAUGCGGAAAACCAGCAUGAGCAUGAGCAUCAUCAAUCUUCUAAGAAGCACACCGAGUACGUUAAAAUUAUUAAGGAAUUGGUUGCAACGGAAAGGAAAUACGUUCAUGAUUUAGAGAUUUUAGACAAGUAUAGACAGCAGCUUUUAGAUAGUAACUUAAUCACGUCAGAAGAGCUAUACAUGCUGUUUCCUAACUUGGGCGAUGCUAUAGAUUUCCAAAGAAGGUUUCUAAUAUCUUUGGAGAUCAAUGCUCUUGCGGAACCCUCUAAGCAAAGGAUUGGAGCUCUUUUCAUGCAUUCAAAACAUUUUUUCAAGUUGUAUGAGCCUUGGUCCAUCGGCCAAAAUGCCGCCAUUGAGUUUCUUUCUUCAACUUUACAUAAAAUGAGAGUUGAUGAAUCACAGAAGUUCGUAAUAAACAAUAAACUGGAAUUACAAUCGUUUCUUUACAAACCCGUACAAAGAUUGUGUAGGUAUCCCCUAUUGGUCAAAGAAUUACUAGCUGAAUCAAAUGAUGAUAAUAAUACGAAAGAACUUGAAGUGGCCCUGGAUAUAUCUAAGAAUAUUGCUAGGAGUAUCAACGAAAAUCAAAGAAGAACAGAAAACCAUCAAGUCGUGAAGAAGCUUUAUGGAAGAGUCGUGAAUUGGAAGGGUUAUAGAAUCUCCAAGUUUGGGGAGUUAUUAUAUUUCGACAAAGUGUUUAUUUCUACAACAAACAGUUCCUCGGAACCUGAAAGGGAAUUUGAGGUUUAUCUUUUUGAAAAGAUUAUUAUUCUUUUUUCAGAAGUGGUAACGAAGAAAUCUACUUCAUCACUAAUCCUCAAGAAAAAAUCCUCAGCCUCAGCAUCAAUGUCCACGACAAAUAUAAUGGACAACGGUAGCAGCCCUCACCAUAAUUAUCAUAAGAGACAUAGCAAUAGCAGUAGCAGUAAUAAUAUCCAUUUAUCCUCUUCAUCAGUAGCGGCAAUAAUACAUUCUAAUACCAAUAGUAAUGAUACCAAUUCCAGCAACUCGUCAUCGUCCUCAUUAUUUAAGCUAUCCGCUAAUGAACCUAAACUGGAUUUAAGAGGCAGAAUUAUGAUAAUGAAUUUAAACCAAAUCAUACCGCAAAAUAACAGGUCAUUGAACAUAACAUGGGAAUCAAUAAAGGAGCAAGGUAAUUUCCUUCUAAAGUUUAAAAAUGAGGAAACAAGAGACAAUUGGUCAUCAUGCUUACAGCAGUUGAUUCAUGAUCUGAAAAAUGAACAAUUCAAGGCAAGACAUCACUCUACUACAUCGACAUCCUCGUCUACAGCUAAAUCAUCUUCAAUGAUGUCACCUUCGACAACUAUGAACACGCCGAAUCAUUACAGUCAUCGCCAGACCCACGAUAGUAUGGCUUCUUUUUCCAGUUCUCAUAUGAAAAGGGUUUCAGAUGUUCUACCUAAACGGAGAACCACUUCGUCAAGUUUCGAAAGUGAGAUUAAAUCUAUUUCAGAAAAUUUUAAGAAUUCUAUUCCCGAGUCUUCCAUACUCUUUAGGAUAUCGUAUAAUAAUAACACAACUAAUACCACUAGCAGCGAAAUCUUCACACUUUUGGUGGAAAAAGUUUGGAAUUUUGACAACUUGAUAAUGGCAAUCAAUUCCAAGAUUUCAAAUACACAUAGCAAUUCCGUUUUGCCAAUCACGAAGAUUAAAUACCAAGACGAAGAUGGGGAUUUUGUUGUACUAGGCAGCGAUGAAGACUGGAACGUUGCUAAAGAAAUGUUGGCAGAAAAUAAUGAAAAGUUUUUGAACAUUCGUUUGUAUUGA